ACACGCCUCUCUCUUCAUCGGCUGUUAUUUGUGCCUUCACACUUUCCGUAUUGCGGUGGUUUUUCUUGUUCACGAGCUGCUGCAGGAAUCUUCGUCGCUUGUGUGUUUCAGCUCUUCUCGUGAAUCAUGGUGACGCGCGGCGGGACGCGCGAGUUCUAUUUCAACACGGUUCUGUCGCUCGCGCGUUCACUGGCAGCGCACCGACCAGCGCCCGUCGAGAAGGUGCAGAAGUUAUUAUGCAUGUGUCCAUGCGACAGCCGCGGCGUCUUCACGCUGGAUGUCCGGCGCAGGGAUGCUGUCAUCGCACUGGCCGUGUUCCUGGUCGAGUCUGAUUUACAGCACAAAGACACUGUGGUGAGUUACCUGUUGAGUCUGCUCAAGGGAUUACCCAGAGUGCAGUGGGUGGAGGAGAAUGCUUGGAGGAAGUGUAAAGAGACUCUCCCGAUGGCGGAAAACUUCAGCUUCUGUUUGGUGACGCUCCUGUCUGACGUCGCUCAGAGAGACCCGGAGUCUCGCUCACAGAUUCUGGAUGCUGUGAUGGAAAUGAUGCAGUCUCUGCUGGAGAUCUGCCAGACGCCCGAGAACCAUGAUAAAGUCUACCUGUGCAGGUAUGCUGUUCCGUGUCUUCUGGGCGUGACCCGAGCGUUCGGUCGCUAUGGUAACGGCGGCGAGCCCCUCCUCUCUCAGCUGUUUCCGCGAGGAGCGCCGCCGCUGGCUCAGCGAGUGUCUGUGGAGACCGAGGGCGUUCGGAGGAGAUCCUUCAAUGACUUCCGCUCUAUUUUACCCAGUUCACUGCUCACGGCCUGUCAGGGAGACACACUGAGACGCAAGAGUGGCAUCGCUAACCCUGACGCACAGGUGAGUCCAGACAGAGGAGGACCGUCGCCCUGCUCUCCCACAGCUCCAGGACCGCAGUAUUUUGAAGGUUCGUAUCUGGCGGAUGGCAGUGUGGUGAAUCCAGAUUAUUACUUCACCACGGUCAGCUCCAGUUUCUCCAUCUCUCCUCUCUUCACCGGAGCCAGCGGACAAGAAAUAAACGUCCCUUCAGAGCUGCUGAGACGCCUCUUACAGAUGGUGAAGCAUUUGGUCUCGGAUUCAUUCCUCAAGACUCUGGAUGCCGUCGUGUCGGAGGUCACAGAGGCAAAUCCAGGCAUCGAUCUCUUCUACAAAACCUUCAGCGACCCGCUGUACGUCAACAUGUUCAAGAUGCUGCGAGACACGCUCUAUUACAUAAAAGAUGUGCAGACGAGCUUCGUUAAAGAGGUGCACGACUUCGUUCUGGAGCAGUUUAGCAGCAGCCAAUCAGAGAUCCAGAAGGUUCUCCGCGAGGAACGGUUGCCAGGGGAACCCAGUCCUCUCAAGCUCCGUUGUCAUGCCAACGCAGCCUGUGUGGACCUCAUGGUGUGGGCCGUCAAAGAUGAGCAAGGAGCUGAGAAUCUGUGCACUAAACUGUCAGAGAAACUUCAGUCCAAGACGUCCAGUAAAGUGAUCAUCGCUCACAUGCCGCUGCUCAUCUGCUGCUUACAGGGUUUAGGGCGUCUGUGUGAGCGUUUCCCCGUCAUCGCUCACUCCGCCAGCACGUCUCUGAAGGAUUUCCUGGUGAUUCCGUCAGCGGUGCUGAUCAAACUCUAUAAGUAUCACAGUCAGUGCAGCUCAGCAGGCGGCGGGAUCAAAAUCAACGUGACCAAUGAACAUUCUCAGUCCACGCUCAACCUGCUGUCCAACAGGAAAGACCAGUCCAUGUACGAGCAGCUCCGAGACAUUUCCAUCGACAACAUCUGCAGAUGUCUGAAUGCUGGCCUCACUAUGGAUCCUGUAAUAGUGGAGGCGUUCUUAGCCAGCCUGUCGAACCGGCUCUACAUCUCCCAGGAGAAUGACAAGGAGGCUCAUCUCAUCCCGGAUCACACCAUCCGUGCGCUCGGUCACAUCGCCGUGGCCAUGAGAGACUGUCCUAAAGUCAUGGAGCCCAUCCUGCAGAUCCUGCAGCAGAAGUUCUGCCAGCCGCCCUCGCAGUUAGACGUGCUGAUCAUAGACCAGCUGGGCUGCAUGGUCAUUACGGGGAACCAAUACAUCUAUCAGGAGGUCUGGAACCUGUUCCAGCAAAUCAGUGUGAAAGCCAGUAAUGUGGUGUAUUCAGCCACCAAAGACUACAAAGACCACGGAUACAGGCACUGCUCUCUAGCUGUGAUAAACGCCCUGGCUAAUAUCGCAGCUAACCUGCAGGGGGAGCAGCUGGUGGACGAGCUGCUGGUCAAUCUGCUGGAGCUGUUCGUUCAGCUCGGCCUGGAGGGCAAGAGAGCCAGUGAACGCGCCAGUGAUAAAGGACCGGCCCUCAAAGCGUCCAGCAGUGCUGGUAAUCUAGGCGUCCUCAUCCCUGUAAUUGCUGUGUUGACCCGCCGGUUGCCUCCGAUUAAAGAGGCCAAACCUCGCCUUCAGAAGCUCUUUAGAGAUUUCUGGCUCUAUUCCGUGGUCAUGGGUUUUGCCGUGGAAGGUUCUGGUCUGUGGCCUGAGGAAUGGUACGAGGGAGUGUGUGAAAUCGCCACAAAAUCUCCACUGCUCACGUUCCCCAGUGGAGAACCACUGCGUUCAGAGCUCCAGUACAACUCGGCUCUGAAGAAUGACACAGUUACUCCGGCGGAGUUAAGUGAACUGCGCAGCACCAUCAUUAAUUUGUUGGAUCCGUCACCUGAAGCCGCCGCCCUCAUCAAUAAACUCGACUUUGCCAUGUGCACUUACCUGCUGUCUGUGUACCGACUGGAGUAUAUGAGGAUGCUGCACUCGAAUGAUGCCGACCGCUUCCAGGUGAUGUUCAGAUACUUUGAGGACAAAGCCAUCCAGAAAGACAAAUCAGGCAUGAUGCAGUGUGUGAUUUGUGUGGGUGAUAAAGUCUUCGAGGUUUUCCUGCAGAUGAUGGCUGAGAAACCCAAGACUAAAGAGCACGAGGAGGAGCUGGAACGCCACGCUCAGUUCCUAUUGGUCAACUUUAACCACACCCACAAGAGGAUCCGCAGGGUCGCAGAUAAAUACCUCUCAGGACUCGCCGAGACGUUUCCUCAUCUUCUGUGGAGUGGAAGAGUUUUGAAGACCAUGUUGGACAUCCUGCAGACUCUGUCUCUGUCCCUGAGCGCCGACAUCCACAAGGACCAGCCGUACUACGACAUUCCCGACACUCCGUACAGAAUAACGGUCCCAGACACGCAUGAGGCGCGAGAGAGCAUCGUGAAGGACUUUGCCGCCCGCUGUGGAGAGAUCUUGAAGGAGGCCAUGAAAUGGGCCGCUUCUGUUACCAAAUCUCAUCUGCAGGAGUAUCUGAACAAGCAUCAGAACUGGCUGUCGGGUUUGUCUCAGCACACGGGUUUGGCGAUGGCUACCGAGAGCAUUCUCAGCUUCGCGGGAUACAACCGUCAAAGCACAACGCUGGGGGCAGCUUUUCCUCAGGUUACCCAGCUGACGGAGCGGCCCACUUGUGUGAAGAAGGACUACUCCAACUUCAUGGCGUCACUCAACCUGCGGAAUCGCUACACUGGAGAGGUUGCUGGGAUGCUGCAGUUUGCCGAAGUGACACACAGUGAGUCAAACCUCAGCAAGCUGAUGGUUUCUCAGAUGAGUGACGCUCUGGAAGCCAAAGACUCGGACGCGUUCACGCAGAACAUGUUCAAGAUGACCGCGCUGCUUAUCAGCACUAAAGAUUGGGAUCUUCAGCUGCUGCAUCAUCUCUGCUGGUCUCCUCUGAAGAUGUUCACGGAGCAGGGCAUGGAGACGGCCAUCGCCUGCUGGGAGUGGCUGCUCGCUGCCCGCAAUGGGAUUGAAGUCCAGUUCAUGCGUGAGAUGGCGGGCGCCUGGCAGAUGACCGUCGAGCUGAAGAUGGGCUUGUUCUCAGAGACGGAGUCGGAGGCAGAUCCUUUAGCUGCUUCAGAAGAGAGUCAACCGCUGCCGCGUCCACCCAACGUCACACCACAUUCGCUCUGGAUUGAGUUUCUAGUGCAGAGAUUUGAAAUCGCCAAGUACUGCAGUGCCGAUCAGGUGGAGAUCUUCACCAGUGUCCUGCAGAGGGCACUGUCUCUCAGCGUCGGCGGGCCCAAGAGCUGCCUGAACCGCCACGUAGCUGCCAUAGGACCCCGAUUCAGGCUGCUGACUCUCAGUCUCACUCUUCUUCAUGCUGAUGUGGUCACUAACGCCACCAUCCGUAACGUCCUGAGAGAGAAGAUCUACUCUACUGCCUUUGAUUACUUCAGUGUGGCUCCACGGUUCCCCACGCAGCCGGAGAAACGUCUGCGUGAAGACAUCAGCAUCAUGAUCAAGUUCUACGCCUGUCUGCUGUCGGAUAAGAAAUAUCUCACGGCCACUCAACUCGUGCCUCCAGAUCCUCAGGACGUGUCGGUGCACAGUCUGUCUGUGAUGGCGGUGACGGACUCCAGGAGCAGUCUGGACGCAGCGGUGGGCUCCAGACAGCAGGCCACACAGGGCUGGAUCAACACAUACCCACUGUCCAGCGGCGUCUCCACGCUCUCCAAGAAAUCAGGUCUGUUAAAGAAGACGAACAGAGGAACACAACUGCAUAAAUACUUCAUGAAGCGCAGAACGCUGCUGCUGGCCCUGCUGGCCAGUGAGGUGGAGCGUCUGACCACCUGGUACAAUCCUCUGGGCAGCCAGGAGCUGCAGAUCUCAGCCGAACAGUCUGUGGAGACCAGCAUCACCAACUGGAGGUCCAAGUACAUCAGCCUGACCGAGAAACAGUGGAAGGACAACGUCAAUCUAGCGUGGAGCAUCUCGCCGUACCUCGCCCUGCAGCUGCCGGCCAGCCACAAUAACACAAAAGCCAUUUUCUCCGAAGUGACCCGCUUGGUUCGGCUGGAUCCGGGAGCCGUCAGUGACGUUCCUGAGGCUGUGAAGUUUUUAGUGACGUGGCACACGAUCGACGCUGAUUCUCCUGAGUUGAGUCACAUCUUGUGUUGGGCUCCGGCAGAUCCUCCCACAGGACUCUCGUAUUUCUCCAGCAUGUAUCCGCCGCAUCCGCUGACCGCACAGUACGCCGUCAAAGUCCUGCGCUCCUUCCCUCCGGAUGCUAUUCUGUUUUACAUCCCACAAAUUGUCCAGGCCCUCCGUUAUGACAAGAUGGGGUACGUGAGAGAGUACAUCCUGUGGGCGGCACAGAAGUCUCAGCUUCUGGCACAUCAGUUCAUCUGGAAAAACAACAAAAAAAGACUACACAAGAACACCAGAAACACCAUAAAUACAACUGAUAUCGGGGAUCUUCUGGAGCAGCUGGUUGAAGAGAUCAUCGGUUCUCUCUCGGGUCCAGCUAAAGAUUUCUACCAGCGCGAGUUUGACUUCUUCAACAAGAUCACCAAUGUCUCAGCCGUUUUAAAGCCGAUUCCUAAAGGUGACGAGCGGAAGAGAGCGUGUCUGCGAGCCCUGGCUGAUAUCAAAGUCCAGCCAGGCUGUUAUCUGCCCAGUAACCCUGAAGCUAUAGUCCUGGACAUUGACUAUAAAUCAGGACUGCCGAUGCAGAGUGCUGCCAAAGCGCCGUAUCUGGCCAAAUUCAAGGUGAAACGCUGUGGAGUGAGUGAACUGGAGAAAGAGGGUUUGCUGUGUCGCUCCGACUCGCUGGAUGAAGCUCAGAGUGGAGAAGACACACAGAAGAUCUGCUGGCAGGCGGCUAUCUUUAAAGUCGGAGACGACUGCAGACAGGACAUGUUGGCGUUACAGAUCAUCGGUCUGUUUAAGAACAUUUUCCAGCUGGUGGGACUCGAUCUGUUCGUUUUUCCAUAUAGGGUAGUCGCUACAGCUCCAGGGUGUGGCGUCAUCGAGUGCAUCCCAGACUGUAAGUCCAGAGAUCAGCUGGGGCGACAGACGGAUUUCGGGAUGUAUGAUUAUUUCCGUAACCAGUACGGAGACGAAUCCACUCUGGCCUUCCAGAAGGCGAGGUAUAACUUCAUCCGUAGCAUGGCCGCGUACAGUCUGCUGCUCUUCCUGCUGCAGAUCAAGGACAGACACAAUGGGAACAUCAUGCUGGACAGACAGGGCCACCUCAUCCACAUCGAUUUCGGCUUCAUGUUCGAGAGUUCUCCGGGUGGGAAUCUGGGCUGGGAGCCGGACAUCAAACUGACCGAUGAGAUGGUGAUGAUCAUGGGCGGGAAGAUGGAGGCCACGCCCUUCAAGUGGUUCAUGGAGAUGUGUGUGCGCGGCUACCUGGCCGUCAGGCCAUAUAUGGAUGCUGUGGUUGCCUUGGUAACGCUGAUGCUGGAUACAGGAUUGCCCUGCUUCCGCGGUCAGACCAUCAAACUGCUCAAGCAGCGUUUCAACCCUGGAGUGAGUGAGAAGGAAGCAGCAGCUUUUAUCAUCAAAGUCAUUCAGAACUGCUUCCUGAGCAGCAGGAGCAAAACGUAUGACAUGAUCCAGUACUAUCAGAACCAGAUCCCCUACUGAAGGCCAGAGAGACCUGAGUGUGUGUGUGUUUCUCUUACUGUCUCUUAACGCUAAAUUGCACUGCUGUCUCGUUCUGGUGUGUUUGUGCACUUCAUACACCUGAAAUGUGUUUGCAUGGAUUUCUACGCACUGAUAUCAGCACUUAAGAAUUGUUUUCUGCACACAUCGCACUGUCUGCUGCACGAUGCUUUUAAAAUUACAAAAUCACUUUUGUGCCAGUUUCAUUUCUAUAUUUGAUGUGAUUUUGUUGUCAGUCUUAAUUUCCAGUUAAAUCAUGUGGUUAUUAAACUAACGCAGAUGUGUUUAUGGACAUGAACAGCCUGGACUACAGACAAAUGUCAUAUUUUAGAGGUGACACAUUUACACAUUAAUGCACAAAUUAACAAAAAUCAGUAUUUGAAUGUUAAUUAUCAUGUAAUAGAGGAGAGGUGUUUGAAGAGAUGAAGUGUUUGGGUUUUUUUGGUAGUGUUUGCAGCUCUGAUUAUGUGUUCAUGUUUCUGAAUCACUGCUUGUUUUGCAGUAUGUGACUGUUUAUUGAUCAGUUGAUCGUACAGUGUGAUUAAUCUUUGUUCGCUCAUUUAUACGCAUCGAUUUUCUGCCUCUCUUUCUGUUCUGUUCUGUUAGUUUGGAUUAUUUAUUCUGUGUUUGUGUGUGAUAUUUAAUAAAUGCCCAUAGUAGUCGCCUGUA